AUGAGACUCAUACCCCUGGCCCUGGCUGCUGUCUUGGCAGCGGUCAGUACCGCGUCUACACUCGAACCUCCCGUGGUGCCUCUAGUCGUUCGAAACCCUUACCUGAGUGCUUGGCUUCCCAAUGCCCGAGAAGUGCCAUGGGCCAGAUGGCCCAUCUUUUGGAACGGAGACCAUGUGGGUCUUGCGUUGAUGGCCCACAUCCCGAGUCAAGGCGCCGUCUAUCCUCUUUUGGGCAGGCCGCAGGACUCCCUGCAGAAGAAGGAUAGCAGCUACCAUAUCAAGUACCCCUCCUACCUCGGUACUACGUACGAUGCAUCGACCACAAACCUCACCUACAGCAUUGAUGCCGGCUCUUCAUAUCCACUUAAUCUCACUAUCUCGUUUCUCUCGCCCAUCACACCGACGUCCACUCUGCGACAGUCAAUACCUGCAGCGUAUGUGACCAUCGAUGUCCAAGGCGAUGUUGACGUGAACAUCUACAUGGAUGUGACCGGCCAAUGGCUCAGUAAAGACGCCAGAAACAACAUCAACUGGGAAAGAGGCACUUUGAAGACAGAUAGUCAACAGGCCCACCUGCAAAGGUGGCAAGUGCGUAGAGAGACGGAAGAGUUGUUGUCGGAAAAUGACGAUCACGCUGAAUGGGGCACACUCAAUUUCGCUGGACCUACUAACCAGGAUGCGAGGUAUCAGUCCGGAUCAGACACUGAUGUGCGUCGUACCUUCGCCAGCACCGGUACUGUUGACAACUCCAACGACAACAAGUUCCGCGCCAUCCACGACCGUUGGCCUGUCUUUGCGUUCUCCCAAUCGUUCAACCUAGGUCAUUCAUCUAGUAGCUACUCAGACAGUGUGACUUUCACUCUCGCACUCAUUCAGGACCCAGUCAUUCAAUAUGCCUCCUCUCGGGGCCUAACUUUGAUGCGACCCUUGUGGGAGUCAUGGUACCCAACGGUUGAAGAAUUACUGAGCUUCCACUACCAAGACUUCGCUCAUGCUAGCGCAUUGGCAUCGAAUUAUUCCCAGCAGCUUGCGGAUGAUGCAUACCUUUCGGGUGCCAGCGACUACGUCGACAUCGUCGCUCUUUCCGCUCGUCAGGUUAUGGGAUCGACUGUCUUUGCAGGAACCCCAGAUGAUCCUAUCCUGUUUCUGAAGGAGAUUUCCUCUGAUGGAAACCUACAGACAAUCGAUGUCAUCUAUCCUGCCUUCCCAUUCUUCUUAUACACCAACCCUCGCUGGUUAUCAUACCUUUUGGAGCCUCUGAUUGAGCACAUGCUCAGUGGGCAAUACCCCAAUACCUAUGCCAUGCAUGAUUUGGGUACACACUUCCCCAACGCUACCGGUCAUCCUGACGGGAACGAUGAAAGGAUGCCAGUGGAAGAGUGCGGAAACAUCCUCAUCAUGGGACUGGCUGUUGUGAACUCCCUUCGAUACCAAGACCCCACAGAGGCUUCCUCAAUCUGGUCAACCUUGGGUUCAUCGUCGCCUGAAGUCGGUAGCAAGUCUCGUGAGGCUCACAAAUUGUUCCAUUUGAAUGAUCAGCAAACCCUCGAUGGAAUUGCCCUCCAAGAUGGUAAAUGGGGUGGUGGUGAUGAAGGCGAGCGCUUGGCCGAGGAAUGGAUUAAGCGCAGCUACACUCUGUGGAAACAGUGGACUGGAUACUUGGUGGAGUACAGUCUGAAGCCCGAGAAUCAACUUUCUACCGAUGACUUUGCUGGUCCUUUGGCUCUUCAGUCCAACCUGGCUCUGAAGGGAAUCAUUGGCAUCAAUGCAAUGAGCAAGAUCGCCGCGCUUGCUGGGAAUGAUACCGAUGCUCAAUAUUACAAGGCAAGUCAUUUUGACUACGUCGCAAAGUGGGAGAAGUAUGCCAUGUCGUGGGACAACACUCAUGCUAAGCUAUCCUACGACUGGGCUGGCUCUUGGACGACUCUCUACAACCUCUACGCCGAUGCCCAGCUCUGCUUCCAUCUGGAAAACACUGACACUGAAACUCCUGGGUUCGUCCCUCGCCACAUCUACCAGAAGCAAUCAAUCUGGUAUGACCAUGUUCGUCAGAAGUUCGGUCUUCCCCUCGACAGCCGUCAUCUAUAUACCAAGACCGACUGGGAGUUCUUCUCAAUGGCAGUCGUCUCGAAGCCUGUGAGGGCGGAGAUCUUGGAGUCUGUUGCCCUGUGGGUCAACGAGACCGCUAGCAAUGGACCUUUCACAGAUCUGCACAACACUGAGGGCGACGGAGGCUUUGCUGAGGGCACCAGGUUCCGUGCUCGGCCUGUGAUUGGAGGUCACUUUGCAUUCCUCGCGUUGGAGCGUGCUUGUGGUGGUAAAGCUAUGUCGGGUCUGAAAUUCCUUGACGAGGUGGAUGAUGAACUCAUGACGGUCUGGACCCAGAACGCCAUGUCUGCGGCGCAAGAGUUCAAGGACCCUGUCGGAUAUCGACAGAGGGAGGGAGAGCUAUAG